AUGGCGAGUUCAAUACUGUCGUUAAAUGGUUCGAUUCCUAGUGCACCGGAAAACAUUACCAUUACGUUCCUCUCGCCGACCUCGGUUCGCGUUUCAUGGCAGACCUCGAUGGAUCCACACACGAUGCCAGUUGACAAAUACGAUGUUACCUAUAAACCGACUGAUGCCAGUUACAGGGUUGUCGUAGUGGUGGCCGGAAACCGUGAGGCAGUUACCCUCGGAGGAUUGUCACCCGACACUCAGUACCAGCUGACGGUAGCGGCCGUUUGGAACGGGAAAAAGUACCGCAGCAGGCCAAUCGUAUUCAGAACGCUGGAGCCUCCCAGGACGUCGUACCAGCAGGACUCCGGUGCGCUUGCUGGGAACAGCGGGCCACCGAUAUCGCCACAUGCGGACACUGCACCGUCGUUGAGCGGGUUCGGCAUCUUCAGCGAUGAGUUCGGCAACAUCUCAGUUAACUCCACCUCCCGAGAACUUCCAACGAUCCGUGGUGUAGAGAUCGGAAUCGUAGUGUUAGUGUUGAUAGUAUGGGCUGGUGCUAUAGCGUUAUUUUUUAAUCGAUGGGGUAAGAUCCGAAUGUUACUUCCAUAUCAACCAGACUACAAGCAGGAGCAGCUCAAAGUACCUGGAACAGGCGUCUGUGCCAAUGGUAGCUGUAAUGGACAGCAUUCGCAUCAGCCUUAUCAUCCCUGGCCGGAGGAACCCUCGUCGGUUAUAUCGGAACGUUGCACGAGAGCCCGAAUCAACUCGGCAAUUUUUGUAUCCUCCGAAGGAAGAGGAUUCGACUCGAUCGAGUUCAUCCGCCGGUAUGGGUCACAAUCUGUUCUCUGUCGGAAAGCACGGAGUGCCGAAAACGUGUCCGCCUCGGAGCGACAGCGCCGCUUUUCCGAGUAUCCCGAAUGGGAAUCGGAGGAGAGCAAGCAGAACUGUAAAGUGAACGGGAACAACAACUACGGCAACAGUAGCGCUGGCGGCAAAAAUCCACAUCAGGACUCAAUCGAAUUGGUCGAGUGCCACCGGGAACCGAGCUCUGCAUCGAAUGUCACCGGCACUAGCAAUGCGGUGAAAUGUAGCGGCGUGCCCGGUAGCAUCGAUAGCAACACGAACGCCAUCGUCAGUAGAACAACGCCAAAGCCACUGAACCUGCCGACGCUGUCAGUGUCCGGACCGUCACCACCACACGAGGAAGAAUUUUUGUAA